AUGGGUGCCCUUCAUGAAGGCCACCUGUCGUUGAUUCGAGAGGCCGCGCGAGAGAACACUGACGUCUUCGAUAGUGACGUCAAGAAAUUGGAGAAGCUCAAUGAAGAGCUCGGCAAUUUGGGUGCCGGCACGGGACGGAUUACUGCCAUCUUCGCCCCGACCUCGAAGGUCGUGUACCCUACAAUGCCACCUUCGUCGGAAAUCGACGGUCACGGCUCAUUCGUCAAUAUCAGCCCUCUUGCGAGAAAUCUUGAAGGUGUCUCCCGCCCGGUAUUCUUCCGCGGCGUUGCGACAAUCUGCAUGAAGCUAUUUAAUGUGACCACGCCCGAUCGUGUCUACUUCGGCCAGAAGGAUGUGCAACAAUCAGUGAUCGUCAAAAGGAUAGUUAAAGACUUCCUUGUUGAUACUGAGGUUCGGAUUAUUGCAACCGCCCGCGAACCUGACGGCCUGGCCUUAGGCUCUCGGAAUGUUUAUCUCGGAGCUCGCAGGCGGAUCGUGGGACUCACCCUCCACAAAGCCCUGAGUGCUGCAGCGGAGGCAUACAAGGCAGGCAGGACCUCUCGUGAUGAUGUUUUGGGGGCUUCUCUCAAUGUCGCUGAGCGUGUACUGUCCAAGCAGCAGUCGCUCCCCCCGUCAAAGCGGGCGCUGUACAAAGUUGACUACAUCUCCCUCGCUGAUUCCGAGAGUUUGGAGGAGCUCGACCUCGUUGAUCCCAAGAAGGGAGCCGUUUUAAGUACUGCCUUUAAGAUGGCCCCCCUGGAGGAGACUGAACCUGGAGAGGAUUGCGGUUUGGGAGAUGGAAAGGUUCCUGUACGGUUGAUCGACAACAUGAUUCUCCAACCUCAGGCCUAA